UCGAUCUCCUGUCCAAUCAGAGCCGCAGAGGGGCGGGACGGGGUCUGACCUUUGAGUAGCCCGUCACCCCAGGGGGGGCACAUAAACCUGAUAUAGCGUCCCAUCAUCUACUAUAACUCCUCAGUCCAGGAGCACAAUUGCUGAUUGAUUUCAGUGGACCAGCAAACCAGUGAGAGGACAACAGGGUUCCCUUUUUUUUUUAAACCUUCCCUUUUGGUGCAGACACAGACGCUGAGCGGCCGACAGCAUGCAGAUGCCAGAGUUCAUAAAGCAGUUUCGGCUGCCGGAGGUGAAUGAGUUGCGGGACUACCUGCAGACCCUGUCCCCCAACACCAUCGUGGGCAUGGGCGCCUUCGCCGCCCUCUCCACCUUCUGGUACGCCACGCGGCCCAAGGCUCUGGAACCUCCCUGCGAUCUAUGGCAGCAGUCUGUGGAAAUUGAGGGCGGCGAGUAUAUCAGGCGGUCAGUCCUUGUGGAGGGUGGCAAGCUGCUGACCUACUACUAUGAGGACGCCAAGACCAUGUAUGAGUUCUUGUUGAGGGGAGAGCGCGUCUCCAACAAUGGACCAUGUUUGGGAGCAAGGAAGCCCAAACAACCAUACGAAUGGCUGUCAUACAAAGAGGUGGUGGACAUGGCUGAGUGCUUGGGCUCCGCGCUGCUCCACAGGGGUCACUCCAAGUCCAAGAACCCGUACAUCGGCAUCUUCUCCCAGAACCGGCCAGAGUGGACCAUGUCAGAGCUGGCCUGCUACACAUACUCUCUAGUGUCCGUCCCCCUCUACGAUACACUGGGCACUGAAGCCAUUGAGUACAUCAUUGACAAAGCCUCCAUCACCACGGUGGUGUGUGACGUAGCGGCCAAGGUAACGCUGCUGCUGGACAGCUUGGCGGGCCGUAAGCACUGCGUCGGCACCGUCAUCACGAUGGAGGAGGUGGAGGCCGAGCUGGUGGAGAGGGGCAAGAAGAGCAACAUCGACGUCCUCAGUCUCAAAGACGUCCUGGCUCUUGGCAAAGAGAACCGCAAGCCCCCAGUCCCCCCUAUGCCUGAUGACCUGGCAGUUAUUUGCUUCACCAGUGGAACAACAGGGAACCCAAAGGGAGCAAUGCUCACUCACAAGAAUGUUGUGUCUGAUUGCUCUUCAUUCAUGAAGAUUAUAGAGAAAAGCUGCCCAAUAUCCAGCAGCGACGUCCACGUCUCCUACCUUCCCCUGGCUCACAUGUUUGAGAGAGUCGUACAGGGGGUGAUGUUGGCUCACGGGGCCGGCAUUGGGUUCUUCCAGGGGGACAUCCGGCUCCUAAUGGAAGACCUGGCUGCCCUGAGGCCCACGGUCUUCCCUGUGGUACCCCGGCUGCUCAACCGCAUGUACGACAGGAUCCACGGACAGGCCAGCUCGCCGGUCAAGAAGUGGCUUCUGGGCUUCGCGUCCCGCAGGAAGGAGGCCGAGCUGAACAGCGGCAUCAUGAGGAACAACAGCAUAUGGGACAAGAUCAUCUUCAAGAAAGUGCAGGCCAACCUGGGUGGCCGCGUGAGGUUAAUGCUGACUGGUGCUGCUCCAGUGUCUGGCACUGUACUCACCUUCUUGCGAGGUGCACUGGGCUGCCAGUUUUAUGAGGGCUAUGGACAGACGGAAUGCACAGCAGGGUGUACUAUAACACUCCCAGGGGACUGGACAGCAGGACAUGUUGGAGCACCCCUUCCUUGUAACGACAUCAAACUGGUGGAUGUUGCUGAGAUGAAUUACUUGGCAGCAAACGGAGCGGGAGAGGUGUGUGUGAGGGGCCCAAACGUGUUCCAGGGCUACCUGAAGGACCCGGAGAAGACUGCGGAGGCCAUGGAUGAAGACGGCUGGCUCCACACAGGAGACAUCGGCAAAUGGUUACCGAACGGAACGUUGAAAAUUGUGGACCGGAAGAAGCACAUCUUCAAGCUGGCCCAGGGAGAGUACAUCGCCCCAGAGAAGAUCGAGAACGUCUACAUCAGGAGCGACGCUGUCGCACAGGCCUUUGUUCACGGGGACAGUCUACAGGCCUGCCUUGUAGCCAUCAUCGUGCCAGAUCCUGAAGUCUUACCCAAAUGGGCUCAGAAGAAAGGCCAUAGUGGAUCGUAUGAUGAGCUUUGCAAAAACAAGGAAGUAAAGAAAGCUAUUUUGGAGGAUAUCUUAAAGCUAGGCAAAGAAGGAGGUCUGAAGUCUUUCGAGCAGGUGAAAGACAUUAGCCUGCACAACGAGAUGUUCUCCGUGGAGAAUGGCCUCCUCACUCCGACCUUCAAAGCCAAGAGGACCGACCUCAAGAACCACUUCCGAGACCAGAUCGACGAGCUCUACUCCAAGAUCAAGAUGUAGACGUCGUUUAUUGGGGAACCAGAACCGAGGGCAAAGCAGGAACUUUUUUCAAAAGGGAGCCUUCCUCAGGGAACAUUGUUUCGUCUGGCCUCUGGACACUCAGUAGCCGCAGGACUGUCUCUCGUGAACGAAUAAAAUGAUAUGAAGAUCCAAAUGGAGCAGGGACAAGUCAGCUAUUUAUGAAUUCUCUGCCCUUUAAACCCGAAAGCCAUAUGUUUUUGUUUUCUCUUUUUGUUUUCUUUUUAAAAAAAACAAAACAAAUGUAUUUAUUUUUUCAUAUAAUAUGAUAUACACAUGAACAUAAACUGUAAGGCCACAUAGACAUGUGUGGUAAGGCACAUAGACAUGUUUGCACCAAAGUGCUUUCAGUUUCAGGUAGUUCACUCCUAUGAAUGAGAACAGCUACCUGUCUGAUUACUCCAAAAAUACGUAUGGUUUAACUAAAAAUGCACUCACCACCAUUCAAAACAAAUAUGUGUCAAGGGAGAAGAUUUCCCUUUUGCCUCUGAUGUAAUGUAAUGUUGAACUCCAUCUCAUCUUCUCUCUUGAUGGAUCAUUGUCCAAGUCAGUUGAAUAAUGUCCAAUCAUUAAUUCCACAUCAAGUGUAAGGUCUGGUGAGUAGGUAGGUAAACAGGGCGCAAAAGUUAGAUAAUACCUGACUUCAUCUGUUUGUGGUUUGUACUUUUCGGAAAGUCCUACAUUGUUUGUUUCCAUAAUUUAAGUCCGCUCACCAUGUGACCUACUACGCUGUGUUGUUAAGAUCCAAAGAUAUUUGACAUCAAUGCUGUCUCUUUCCAGAAAUGUAUUGGGUGCAUGUCAAAUUUGUGCCAUGUGUUGUCUUUGCAUUUCAUGUCACACUAGGCUAUUUUUGACAAACAACAUUUGUCAGCCAUAUUUGUUAUUAAUCUGUCUUUCUGUAAAUCCAAAUUCCCUGUUAAUUGAUUUGAAUUGAAACAUUCCUCAGUUCUUAACCAACACAGUGGUACAGACAGUACGUCCGAGGGAAAGAAACAACAUAUGCCCAGAGCUGUGUAACUCACUAUUACAACAGCAAGCGUGGACAUCUGAAGUUGCCUCUGGUUUGGUGGUUACAGCAGUCAUGAGCAAAGUAUUCAGUGCCUUUUUCUGUUGUCAUUAUUAUUAUUAUUAUUAUUAUUAUUAUUGUGAAGAGAACUACAAAAUAAGUGAUUAAUCCUUACAGAUAUCUAUUGGAUUGUCUGUGGAAAGAGAAUCAGCAACUUGCGAAACAUUGUUUCCGCACAGGUACACAGUGUACAGUAUAUGUCCUUUAUAGACAUUCAUAAUGAUGCAUUGCCUUAGUUACCUCAACCAUGGUCACCAGUUUUUGCUUCUGACUGAUCGAUAUGCACCUUUUCAAUGCUGUUGUAUUGAGAUUGUAUUAUUGAGGACACCAGUGUUGAAUCAUAAUGCCUCUUUUGAUUUGUGAAAGAGGAAAGGCUGCAUGAUAUGCUAGUGUUAUUUUGCCCAUGGAAAUCGAAGAAUGUUUUUUUUGAUGGGCUGUAACUACAGUCAUAGUGAAGUUCAGUGAAAUGUCCUCUCUCUUUGGAGAUAUGUUAAAGCACCAGGGAAAUAGUAAAUCUAUUGGGCCGUCCAUUUUGUCACGGACAUUUUUAUGAAGGGAAUUUAGGUGUGAAAUUAUCAACACUUGAUAAUAUUAUAAAUGUUAAUGGUUGAAAUACAACAACUGAUCUUUAGGUAUGAAUUUGUUAGUUCUGUUUGUGUGUGUGUGUGUGUGUAUUAAAUGUAUAUGUGCACUAUUAACAGUGCAUACGAUUUUGUGAUUGCCACAGCUAAUAAAUACCAUUCAGAUGUCA